UGAGAAGAGGAACUCUAUGAUCACGAGGUCCGUUACGAGGAAGUGUUUUGUCCCGAGGAUCACAUUAGCUCAUUAGCUAUGUUUUCAUAUAUCUGAUAUUUCCUGUGUGCUCUUUCGGUUUUCAUGGGGGAGAAGCGAAAACAUUUUAGGUCAAGCUAAAUAAAACCGAGGCAAAAUGUCAUCAGAGGAGUUUGAGAAGUUGCAUGAAGUGUACAAAUCUCUGUACGACGAACUGAAGCUGAUGCCAGACCGGGCAUCAGGAUGUCAUGGAGAGGAAAAGAAGCGGUUGGUGCGACACUUUGAUGAGAGAUUUGGAGAGGCAGAGGAAGUGUUGCAGGCGAUGGAUAAAGAGCUGCAGGGCGCUCCCUCGUCCUUCCGAAAUGCAAUGUCGUCAAAACUGCGCCUGUACCGCAGAGACCUGGGCAAGUUGCAGCGGGACAUGAAGAGCUCUGACCUGGGUUUGGGCAUCGCUGGCCGGUCGGGAGACGGCAGGCACAGUGUCUAUGGGUCCCAGAAUCAGCAUAGCACGCAGGUCCAGUCUCAGCGGGCUCUGCUCCUCCAGGGCACGGACUCCCUGAACAGCGCCAGCCGCAGCAUCGAGCGGAGCCAGCGCAUCGCCGCGGAGACGGACCACAUCGGGCAGGACAUCAUCGAGGAGCUGGGCGACCAGAGGGAGCAGCUGGACCGCACCCGGGACCGGCUGGUGAACACUGGAGAGAACCUGAGCCGCAGCCGCCGAAUCCUACGCACCAUGUCCCGCCGGCUGGUGACUAAUAAACUCCUGCUGUCCGUCAUCAUCCUGAUGGAGCUGGGCAUUCUGGGAGCUGUGGUCUACCUCAAGUUCUUCCACCGUAAGUAGGGGGGAUGAGGUAGCCGCCUGAUCGUCUCCUCCUCUUCCCAUCAAGCUUCUGUGACCCAGCCCUGGCUGGACCUUCUGAAGCCCCGACCACAUUAAAGCAGGACCUGAAAACCACCCAGGAAGCGAGGACAAAACUCAAAACUGAAACUCAAACGGUCUACGUUCCCUCUUGAGCCCGGGCCCCCCUGAAGCCCCUUACAUGGCGGUUUGGGACAGAACCGUGGGGCGGGCGCCACUGACGGACUCUGAAGGGGACGGAUCUAAACCGUCAGCCUCGAGGGGCUCCUUCGCGUGUUGUUAUUUGACGGUGCAGCACAGGAACGCUGCGUGGAGCUCUCCUGAAGGACUACGUUCAUCCUCUUCCACUGAAGCCUGCUCUGCUGAGCCCAACCUUGCAUGGACUGCACCUGAUGCGUCCGGGCCCCCCCCCCCCCCCAGAACUGGGGAAACUGUAUUAUAUUUAAAUAAUGAAUUAAGCUAAAUGUAUAGUAUGCUGAUUUGAAUGGAUUUUUCUUUUUUUUUUUAACUGAAUGAUUAAACCAGAACAGUACAUGUAAACGUAAGAUAUAGCACAUGCAUUUUGUUACUAGGCUGCUACGACUACAACUAAUGAUAAUAUAAAGCCAAACUCUGUGGCCCUCGA